AUGGAGGAACUUUGUUACAGCUUCGAGCAGGAAGCCUCCACUCCUGAAUUUCUCUUCUGGGACCAGGCGGAUCCCAACUCUCAGCUGGACAACUUCCUACUGGACUGCUCCUUCCUGCCAGACCAGUUCUCCCCUUGGGCCUCCCCUACUUGCCCACACGCCCUGGGGGUGCCGGCGGGCGGAGCGGCGGGGGGUGCUGAACUGGACAGCUCCCCACCGCCGCCGCCGCCGCCGCCACCGGGGCCCGCCGCCCCGCCACCGCCCCCCGGUCACCUCCCCCAGCGGCACGCCGCCAACGUCCGCGAGAGGAAGAGGAUGCUCAACAUCAACUCGGCCUUCGACCAGCUCAGGUGCCACGUACCCACCUUCCCGUACGAGAAGCGCCUCUCCAAAAUCGACACGCUCCGGCUGGCCAUCGCCUACAUCGCUCUCCUGGGCGAGAUCCUCCUCUCCGGAUGCGACCCCAAAUCCUACGUGGAGCGGUGCCUGAAGGACGGUUUGCAAAGCCAACAGCGGGCAACCUGGAAUACAAGCGACCUGACAGCCCGCCUGUCUUGGGUAAAGUGGGAUUAA